CUUUGAGACUGUACUAAAUUGGGAUGAAGCUAAAUGAAACGUGACGAGAUGAAUGAAAUCUCGAUAAAAGAUUGGUUAUUCACCGAGACUUCUGUGGACUUUUUUGGAGGACUUGAGAAGCAAUUUCACCAGUUUUGUUUCAUUUUAUCACAUUUGUGUACUUCCAGAGAUGAUACAAUAACUCCGAGGUACGUGGUGAAGUGCAGUGAACGUUCAGUGCUGUGGUUUUAUACUGUGACAGUGUAGUGUUCGAAGGCUUCGUAGAAAAAUGGGGACUCGUUGGCCAAUAAUAGGCCUGCCUAUACUGCUGGUGGCAUCAGUGUGUGGCAGUGAUAUACUAAUGAUCACAAUGGGAGGGACCAAGUCACAUAAGAUACCAUUCUGGUCGCUUGCUGGAGGACUUACCCGAAGAGGACACAAUAUUACUUUCAUAAGUGCGUUUCCACCUGAUUUCCACAUCGCUGGCUUAGAAGAAAUAGCUCCAGAAGGUCUGGUAUCAUACGUUAAAAGCUACAUGUCCUGGGACCUUGUUGGUGCUAGAAUGAGAGGAGAGGAGCCUUUGCCAGCUUUUGAUAUACUUCGCUAUGGAUAUGAGGCAUGUGACGCACUACUCAAAGACUACGAGAUGCGGUCUUUCCUGCAGUCAGGAAGAACUUACGAUCUCAUCAUCAUCGACGGAACGUAUCCUGAGUGCGCGCUGGGGAUCACAUACAAAAUGAAAGUGCCUUUCAUGUACAUUAACACGGUCGGCUUCUACUCGAUGCCUUUGAGUAAUGCAGGAAACCCAGCGCCAUACUCCGUCACACCUUUCUUUGGAAGAGCCUUCACGGAUAACAUGGGAAUCAUUGAAAGAGCAAUGAACUCCGCGUGGCAAAUCGGUGCGAUGGCGCUCCACGGUGUGAGCAUGACCAUACUUCAAGGGGUCUUGAGAAGACAUUUCGGUAGCCAGAUGCCACACGUGUACGAUAUGUCCAAGAACGUUAGCUUUAUCCUCCAGAACGCGCAUUAUACUGUGUCAUAUCCGAGGCCUUAUUUGCCGAAUGUGGCUGAGAUUGCCUGUAUACAUUGCAUCGAACCGAAGAGAUUGGAUCCAGAAAUAGAAGAAUGGAUUUCCGGUGCAGGCGACACCGGUUUUGUGUAUGUCUCCAUGGGAUCUUCCGUGAAGACAUCGAAAAUGCCUUUAACAGCUCAUCGGAUGCUAAUUAAUGCUCUAGGAAGACUACCACAAAGGGUUCUAUGGAAACAAGACGCGGUACAAAAUAUGACCGACAUACCAUCGAAUGUGAAGCUAUUGAAAUGGUCACCACAGCAAGAUUUACUUGGCCAUCCAAAGAUAAAGGCCUUCAUCACCCACGGCGGUCUAUUGAGCAUGUUCGAAACGGUCUACCACGGCGUACCCAUCGUCACCAUACCGGUCUUCUGCGACCACGAUGCCAACGCCGCGAAAGCAGAAGUCGACGGCUACGCUAAAAAACUAGAGUUCCAAUAUUUGACUUCUGACAAACUGCACGAAGCCAUCCAAGAGGUUAUAAAUAAUCCAAAAUAUAGGAGGGAAGUUAAAUAUCGACAGAAUUUGCUUCGAGACCAGAAGGAGAGCCCUUUGGAUAGGGCCGUGUACUGGACGGAAUACGUCAUAAGGCAUAAAGGGGCCUAUCAUCUUCAAUCUCCCGCAAAGGACCUCACCUUCAUCCAAUAUUACUUGUUAGAUGUGGCAAUGCUAUUUGUGAUAUCCGCUUUAGCCUUCUACGCUCUUAUUUCCUUCGCGAUAAGAUCCAGUUUCCAAAGGCUCGCGGUUUUCAUACAGAAUCGACAAAUGAAAAUGUUAUUCGAUAAUUCGACGGGACUGAUUGGCAAUUCUUUGAUGGAGCAGAAAAAAAAAUUGUGAGUUGUCAUAUUUGUAAGAUUUAUUUGUAUAUAUUUUUAGAUUGUGAUUGUAUGUACAUAUCUAUGUUUAAAAAAGACUGUCCUUUUUACGUUCGAACGAAAAUUGUUAAUUGUUUUGUUAUUUUUAUUCAAACCAAAAUUGAGUGUUGAUUGUGAGUGUAUAUUUUAAUUUUGCUGUUAGAGAAACGUGUGAAAAGCAAACACGAAAUAUUAUUUAUAUGUAGUAAAGUAGUUUCAAUAUAUUUUCACGUUUUAGAAAGAUAAUGAAUCAGUGAAUUAUUAUUUUUUUAUUCUUAAUUGUACACAGUUAAUAUUACAGUAAUUGCGAUAAGAUAUAAAAAUGGCGAGCUUAACUCAACAAUUGAGUUUUCUACCAGCUAACCGUUCUUAAAGAAGGAAAGCUUUACAUGAGUGGCUAGAAGAAUUCUAGAAUGAAUUUUUCAUACUUUUUCUAGUUAAUUUCUAAACGGUCAAAUCAGUUAAUUUAGAUACAGUAUCUUGACUAAUCGUGACAUAGAGCCUCAUAUAAUAUGACACAUAUUAGAGCAAAGUUACUUCUAAUUAUUAUUAUAUUAAAAUACCCGGCCACACACGUUACACAUUUAUUAAAACUAGAGGUCCCGCAGUAGUCGAAAUUCGACUAUAAUUAAUUGGAAUUGUAAGUUUGUACACUAUUAUGAUUGUAUUUUAUACUUCUAUAAUCACAAAUUUUGCCAAGGCUACACUAUAAAAAUAUAAAUAAAGACCACAAAGACAAACAUAUAUUUAAUCUAUUCUCAAUUUGACAACAGACGUCAAGAACAAAAGUUUGACAAUAAACAGUAUGCAUGCGUGUGUGCGUCAAAUACGUGGUAUGUAGUGUGUGUAAUGUUUUCUUUAUUGAUUUAAGGUAUCUUUUAUGCAUUAUUUGAAAAAAAUAUUAGCAUUGUGCACUUCUUCUCUGUAUUCUCUAUAAGUGUGGAAAAUUUCAUAAUCCUCCGUCCGCGCAAUUUUCGUAAAAAGGUAUACAAAGUUUUUGCUUCACGUAUUAAUAUAUAGAUCCCUCCUGCGCCUUCUCACGGUUAUAAGACCACGACAAAAAUCUUCUCUGAAGUACCAAUAAGGACACCGUUUCACCUCUAUCAUACAAACAAUCAUUUUUAAAUAUCAGAAAUGGCUAUGUGCAAUAUUUACUAAAAUAACAGUUAUUUCAUUAAUAAUAAAUUCACCGUGUCUAUAAAUAACUUAAUUUAUAACGAAUUUAAUCUGCAUUCCAAAUCAGGCAGUUCCAGUAGAUUUUGAAUAAUCUCUUCAUGCGAAAUGACCUAUUAAUAGGUUUAACCUAAACACACAAAGCUCAUUAAAUAAGAGCUAAUUAAUUAUGUACACUUUAUUUCAAUAUAAAUAAUAUCUGUGUUGUUAUAAAUAAAAUAGAGAGAAAAUAAGUUUAUUGAAAUUCAACUCGUAGGCUUGUGCGAAUUUCAGUAAAUAACAUCUCAAUGGAUCUGGUCGAAGAUUCGCAUACCAGUUGAUUUUGCUCGGGAAUACAAAUAGGCUCUUUAGCACACCGAAGUAACCGGUUCACUUUUAUAUACACUUUAUGACGAUAUUUUUUUCCCUACCGAUCCUCUGGUAGCCUAAGACUUCAGCUACUACCAGCCAUAGUGAGCUCACGGGGCUCAACCUGAGAGAGUUUCCUAAUACUAGUCCUAGAAAGAGUAGUGUUGAAUCUAUACUGAGACCUUAGAACUUAUAUCUCAAGGUGGGUGGCGCAUUUACGUUGUAGAUGUCUGUAGGCUCCAGUAACCACUUAACAGCAGGUGAGCUGUGAGCUCGUCUACCCAUCCCAGCAAUCAAAAAUAAAAAUAAAAACUACCACCGGAUCGGAAUCGCGAACCACUGAGAAGAUCCGGCGAGUAACACAGUGGGUAGUGUCUAUGGGUGACCAUAUAAAUUGAGUGCGCUAGGACUAAUAUAAGAGACCAGACUCUGAAAUUUUCCUCUAAACGUGAUUGUGUGCGUAACAAAUGCCCGAGCUCUUCACGGAUACUUUAAAAUACGUGUAUGGCGGAUGUAAAUAUUGAUAUAGGUUAUUUGAAUAGGAAGGAAGAUGGUAAAGUGUUCUUUUAAGAUCUUAUUUACACGAUUUUGUUUUAUUUAUUUAAGUACCUACAGUUGUAGUUCAAUUAGUUACCAACAAUGUUACCAAUAGCUUAAGAUAAAUAACGUGAAAGUGAUUUAUUUAUUUAAUUGAUAAAUCAUUAAUCGAUUUUAAAACAUUUUUAAAGAUUUUAAAAGGUUAUGUCUGUUUGUAUUAUUUUAUUUGAGAAAUUGUUAUAAUAUUAUUAAGAUCUUUCUCAAUUUCCGUCUGAGAGACGAAUCAGGAAGAUAUUUGAAUUGAAACAUUACGGUGAUUAUUAUUAUAUUUACGCCGUCUUGCUCGAUUCACCUUUAAAACGUAGAGUAGUAGAGAUGGUAGAGUGGUUUGGGACGGUAGAGUUCGAUGAAAGUGAAUCGUAGUAAAUUGUGAGAUAACAUUAGUUACACGCUUUAAAGAAAUAGCUUCCUAAUAUAAAAAUAUAAGAUAAGAUACUUAAAUAGUGUAAAUAAAACAAUAUGAUUAUUUAA